AUGGAGAGGAACUCAGGGGUUUUGAUACGACAGUUGUUUCUCUCUCUUCUCUCGGCUCCCUCCCGCACCCGCACUCGCACUCGCACUUGUACUCGAAGGAACUCAGUGAUAGCGCCGUCUCUUUCGGCUCCCUCGCUCAGGUGUGCCUCCUAUAUCUUCACACUUGAAAAUGUGAAGAAUUACGCAUUUGGGCCAGCAAUACUGGCACGUCUCCAAAAUGCUAUAGAAGAUUUUUCAGAGAGCCCGAAAAGUAAACGCUUUGUUGGAGAUGCUGCAUUUCUAACAGUUGCUAUAAUGGAGUAUAUCCCGGAGCUUGCUUAUAAACUCAUGAAAAGAAAUGAUUUUGCCAAACCUGAUAUAUUCCCUUUACUCAUCGGAUGGGGAGAGAUGUACAAGCAAAGGCUGGAAAGCAAGUACAAGGCUUCUAUGGAAGAGUAUGUUGAUGUGCUGAAGAAUAUUGAAGAGGUUACGUGGCAGCCAUAUGCAAGGCUUACUGAGUCCUUGCCGGAUUGUUUAAAACCUCAAUUGAUCAUGCGUUUGAGUAGAACAGUCAUGAUCUGUUUUAACUACGUGGCAUACCAUCGCCCCGACAAAUGCAUAAAGAAGUUUGGCUUCCACAAAGUUGAUUUUAGUGCUUGCUGCCAGGUGAAGUCAUACCAAUCAAAAGCUAUGAGCGGGCCAGGGCAAGUAGAUUAUUCUAUGAAACAAUAUGUACUGGAUUGGGAGUGCAGACAUAUAUGUUUGAUACAAUGCAUUGAUGUUCUGGCCAACUCUCCAACACCUGAUUUGGAUGAACCCAAUCCCAACAGUUUUGCUAUGCGCAUCUCUACAACACCUCGUAUAUAUAUAUAUUGCAAAAUUGGUGAUGGCUUAUAG